AUGCCUCGGUCUCGCAAACCCCGUACAUUCACUGUGUCGCACCCUCCACCUUACAAAGCUAGGGCUCCUGUCAGACGGACGAAAACAUACACGGGGUGCUGGACAUGUCGAGAGCGUGGCACGAAAUGCGAUGAGCAGAGACCCGAGUGCCGAAGAUGCUUAAACGCCGAAAUCCGCUGUGAAGGAUAUAGUGUGAGGCUAGUUUGGGAAGACGAGCAGAAUAGCGGUCACCGUGUUCAACGACGAACGCUUAUACCAAGGCAAGACCCUGGGCAUCCAUCUCUCACCUUCGACGAGCUUAACUCUGCGUUGGCUGAGAUCGACUCGGCCGGCAUCGAACCGGACAUCGCUUUUGCAACAAGCAGUGGGCCAUUCUCCGUUUUCCAAUUCUCGCAAUCAACGUCACCCAGCCAUGAAGCCUCUCUUUUCCAGCGAGCUGAUCAGAUUAACAGUCCGACAGCAAAAGAUUCCGCCACGACCAGCCCCGCAGAAGGGAGUCAACAAAGCCAUGCUUAUGCCUCUGCAGCCUCAGUCCUGUCCGCCUCACCGAGUACGGUUUCCAGUCUUGACGGAAGUGAAGAAGACAACAAUGAGCACUCAUGCAUGGCUGAGGCCAGCUUUGCCGAAUAUGAACAUCCUGAUGCGGCAAUGGCCAUGAUAUCCAUCAAACAAAAAGUUCAACCACAUGUCACGAAUUAUCUAUCAUCCGCCUCACCAGACGAGCGUGCGCUUUUGCAUUAUUGGAUCACUGAACUAAGCGAAAUGAUGAUACCAACUCCACGCCGGGAUAACCCCUUUCGCACUAUAUUUAUUCCUCUGGCGCUUGCAGCAUCGGACUCGACCAGAAGUUCUUCUGCAAAUGUAGCCUUGCUACACGCGAUAUAUGCUGUCUCUGCCUUCAAUCAGGCCCGAAUUCCAACCUCUCCUGCAUAUGUGGAGGGUCUUGGUACGAAACAUCAUGAAAUCAGUCUCCGUCACCUAUGGAUGGCUUUAUCGCAGGACGAGGCCGAGGCCGACUCGCCGCACCGGGAAGCGAUUCUAGCAACCAUCAUUACCAUGUCAUCCAUUGAGGUCAUGAUAGGAGCCUCUGCAACCUGGCGUACCCAUCUGGCUGGUGGAAAGUCUUGGUUACGUUCGACCAUAGCAAGCAAUGCCACCCAGAGUGAAAGUUUCUGGACGUUGUGCCAAAUUUUCAUUUGUAUCGACACUCUGGGAAAUCCUGGCAUCCGUGGUCUCACACCAAGCAGUAUCCUUGAACCGCUUGAGACUCGCAACUGUCCCCUUACAAAAACCAUACUGGAUAAGCAUUAUUGCUUGGAGGAGCUCUUCGGGAUUACGAAGUCGACGUUGGAGGCGAUCAUGAGAAUCAAGCAUUUGUCAACUUCUGCUCGUCAAGCGACAGAGGAAGAAAUAAGCGACUUGGAAGUUCACAUCCGAGUCAGCGACCCUGAUACCCUUGUUCUGGAUAUAGAUGGAAGCGAAGACGGUCUGGCUCGCCAUCAUACAUGUGCCUUCUUUUGUGCGGCUGUCAUCUACUUCGAACGGCGGCUCAAAAAUACACCGGCUACAAAGCUCCAACGUCUCGUGCGAAGGAGCCUCGAUCACCUUGAAGCCAUCCGCAAUCUCGAAGUCGAACGAGGCUACAAGGUGUGCGGACUGUUCUGGCCCGAGUUCGUCACAGCGUGUGAGGCCGAAGAUGUGGCCGGUUUGCGCGCGCGGUCGCUGCGGAUGUUUGAAAAGGGUCAAUCAAAGGGCAUAGGAAAUAUCCUAUCCGCGAAGAAGGUUGUCCUUGAUGUUUGGCAGAGAAGAGAUUGUAGCACCUCGAAUGAGGACAUCUCGUGGGAGAACUCGAUGGCCAAACUAGGACUCGAUAUCAUCUUAACUUAG